CAGAAAGUACUUAUAUCAAUGGAAGUGGGGUUUCGUUUUCAGAUGCCACCAGAAGAGCUACUUUUCCUUGUGGUGGUGUUUAUUAUAACUAAUUAUAGAUGGACAGCACGGAUGUUAUAUCGUCUGAUAAACAAUUACAGCGCUAUUUGGGCUCCCUAAGUAAGUGUAUGACUGGGUAUUUGGUUGAAAGGAUGACCAGCUGUUUGUCCGGAUCCCGCACAAUCACGGCGUACGAAGCACAGGUUAUCACAUCCCAGCCCACAGACAUGCAGAAAGCCUCCAGGCUGAUGCAGAUUGUCAUUAAAAAAGGUCAAAGUGCAUGCAGUUCGUUCCUCACAUGCCUUGGGAUUUGUGACCCGGUGUUGUAUGAGAAUGUUACUGGAUUCCCAGCACAAUUUAAGGAUGAGGACCAUCAACAUGUUGAGCAAAUUCCUCUCUCAGAAAAAUUGCAAUUUACACCUUGUAUUAUAAACAUACAAAACUCUUCCCUGAACAACUGUAUUAUUGGGAACAACAAUCGCCAAUGCAUUACCUGUGACCAGCAUUCUUUGCUCGCUCAGAAUGAUGCAAGCGAUGAAACAGUGAAUGAAAUGCAAGAUAUUCAGAGCAGAGAUCAACUGAUCCCAGUGAAAGACACAAUAAGUGUCAACAGCGUUCACAUGGAGCAAUCCAACAUAGAGUAUGUUAUUAUUGGUGACCAUAACAGUAUGACAGUCACUGAGAACUUGGAGGCUGAGGAGGAUACGGAGAUUGAGCCAGAAGUGAUUGGUUAAAAGAUGUGAAAAAGCCUGGCAGGAGAGCAGACUCACAGUUUUGGAGAGCUGCAGAUUGUCACCUUGCCUUACGGGGCCUGACCUAUAACUGGGCGCUGAAAGCAUAAUAUAUGCUUUAAACUGACCAGUGUUUAGGUCCUCCGCAGCUGCUGCCAAACGCACUGAAACAUUAUCCUUUAUUGCAGAUUUUUCUAAACCUGUGUGCUUUGAGGUGGCUAUAAUAUCGGAUACUGCCUUGAUUGUUACUGAACAUGACUGCUACUGACUGUUUCUCAUGUUUUAAUGGGUACACCAGUAUUUAUUUGUUCAACAGAAAUGUAUGAAAGCAAACAUGUUGACUGACAUUGCAAUCAUCGCAAGUCUUUUAUAAGCUUAAGCUUUCUGUAAUGAAGUUAUAAAUAUUGUUUACAGUCUUAUGUCUUUCAGUAAUAUUUGUAAAUGUAACUUAUUAUCUAUUGAUAUUAAUUGUGAUAGAUACUCCUGAUGUUUCAAUAAAUAUUCUGUGAUAGCAUCUCAUGUAUUCUUUUAUUCUUUUUUUUUUUGUGAAUUUCUUAUAAUUUUAUAUAUGUAAAGGUGAUAUGACAUGUAAGGUACUGUACAGUCAUUUUAUUUAUACUAAAGAAGGAGUGUAUCUGUUGCAUUUGUGAUUCAAAAUGAAUAUUUUGAAAUUUUAAAUUAAACCAAUUCUCUCUCAGCUGGCGUAGCUGUCAAGACUAAAAUAUUACAAAAUGUAAUGUCUUUACUGUAAAUAAGUACCAAUUUGCAUUGGUACUUAUUGAUUUAUAAAGUUUUGCCAGUCUUAGUCUCUAUGUACCGUUAGCUAGAACUAAUGGUAAAACUGCUUUUAAAUAUGCUGCACCUUCAGAUUGGAACUCUCUUCAAAUAAAACUGUGGCUAAAUCAGUUGCUGUCCUUCAGUAAUUUUAGAGCAUUUAUGCAAACAAUAGAAAAUUAUUUAAUGAUUUGCAAAUGCUUCUAAUGCUGUACUUUUAUUGAAAGUUUAUUGUUGUUUGUUAUGUGUAUUUGUAUAACUGGGCCACCUAUCUUGGCCAGGACAUUCCUGUAAAAGAGAUUUUUAAUAUCAGUGAGGUCCUUUCCUGGUUAAAUA